AUGCUCUAGGAAGGGUUAAGAAACUUCAAGGAACUUCGAGCCAAAUUUCAAAACCUUGAUGAGCCAUCUCUUCUAGGACCUAUUAAAUUCCCAGCAGGUGUUUCUCAAAAGGGUGACAUUGAAAGCAGCCAGUCCACAAAGACUUUGGCCAGUGGGAAACCCCCCUCCUCCAACCACAAUCAGCCCCCACCCAGUUGUGCCAGUGGCGAUCCCCAGCCUCUUAAACCCCAGAAAGUGAAGUUGGCUCCAAAGAGUGAGGCUCAGAAACGUUCUAACUCCCUGGAACCUCCGGGAAGGUCUCCUGGUUCUGCACUGAAUUCACAGAAGGCUUCUCUGCUGUUAGAUGUGAAUCAGUCAAAUGCCGAGAUAACCAAUAACGAGAAAGUCAUGGUGAACAAUAGCUUCAGAAACAAGCUCUGGAACUGGGAGGUUUUAUCUCAGAAAAGUGAGAUGUCAUCAGCCUUUCUCCCUGUCAGUUGUGGAAGCAGGGCCUUCCAUCUGGAAGAGCAGAAAGGCAUGGGGCUUACUCCAGAGGAGCCCAGGAAAAAGCUGGAAAUUAAAGGAGCCCAGACCCUUCCUUCCCAGAAGUGCGUGAUGACCCAAAGAAGAUUGUGUGCCACUUCUGAGGAUCCCACUGUUCGAUUUUCUCAACAUAACAGGAAGAGCGAAGCAAGCCCCAGUCCUGAGAGGAGCCCGACAGGAAGCACUUGCCACCCUAUCUAUGACAGUGAGCUCACCAGCCAGGCCCCAGAGAAACAGCCGGAUGUCAGUCAUCCACAACUUCCCAAUACCAAGCCACUGCCUUCUGUCAAGUCCCUGGGUCCUCCUCCCCCAAAGCCACCAAGGCCUCCCGGCGUGAACCUCCAGGCCUUCCAGAGGCAGGCAGCUGCUCUUCCUGAGACCCACAGGGAAGCAGCUGGGGAGGAACUUGACCUGCCUCCAGAGAAUGCUGAAUUUGAAGAACCACAUAAUUAUGAGGCAACAAUUUCCUAUCUGGGACACUCUGGUAACUCCAUUAACCUGUGCACCUCAAAAGAAAUUGCUGAUUCAACUUAUGAAGUCAGAAUUGAAGAACUCCAAAAGUGUUUUGAGCUCAGUGGCUGCAAGCUGACUUCACCCUUUCUUGAUGACUUGGCGCCCUCUGGAACCCUUGGCAGAGUGUUCUUCAGCAAGAACUUAGAACAGCUCUCUCUCCUGGUGUUUCUCCUUCCCUCACGACCACCUCUUCUGGUUUUCUUUGAGGGCUCUUCUGUUUCUGCUUUCCACGUAAAUGUGGCUGUAGACUCUCUGCUUCACUCUGUUGCCAGAAACAGAUGUUCUCACAAGGAUGCUGAUGCUCUCCAGUGUUCUGUCCCGGCCCUCAGCUUUUUCACUGCACUCCCCACCUUGACUCCCUCCUCUUCGCUCCUGCUAAGCUCAAAGCAUGAAGAUGAAGAUAAAAAAAUGAAGGAAAAAGAGCCAUGCAAAUUGGAACUUCAAAAAACAGAAAAGGAUCUACAUUCAGACCAUCUUUUCAAGGUGGGUGCCUAUAAAAAGACACCUGGAAAAAGCCAGAUGGUGAAAGUCCACAGGGGUAGGAGGAGCAUGUUGGCAGGGAAGAAGGAUGCUGGGAUUGACAUCAUCCAGACAGAAGGCUGCCCUGAGGACCCCAAGCUGGCCAGGCACUCCAUAGGCCACUGUGGGUACGUGAAGGCCUUGGAGAUGAUUAAAGAAACUGCAGGCCAAGGAGCCUUUAGGCCAAAUUCCAUUUCAGAGACGUAUGAUGAUGUUGAGUACCCCAGGAGAGAGGGAGCAAAGUCGGAUUUCUCUAACUCAUUUGCCUCAGAAAAUGAAAAUAGUGAAGAAAUGUAUGAAGAUGUCUACAAAACAAAGAGCAACUACCCAAAGAUAGAUUUAGAUGGAAAAGAAACACUUAAAAGGCUGCAGAGGUUCUUCAAGAAAGAAAAGGAUAGACUUAAAAUGAAGAAAACCAAGUCAAGAGAAAAUAUAAGUGCAUUUUCCAUUUCGCUGCCUGAUUUAGAACUUAGGUCUCAGGAAGUUAUUAUCUAUGAUGAUGUGGACACAAAUGAAAAAAAGUCAAAUGAUAAAGAUAAACUAAAAACUUGGAAGCCCAAGUUUCUGACAUCAAAGGGAAAAAAAGAGAAAAAAGGUGCUAAAGAAUCAGAAAGCUUAUCUCCUAGGAAUUUCUUCAAAACCAAGAAGCAAAGCUUAGAAAAGAAGAGAAUGGAAAGGGAAGAAAAACUUUUUAGAGAAAGAUUCGAGUAUGACAAAGAGAUUAGUGUUAUCAACACAGCAGUGGCGUGUUCCAAUAAUUCAAGAAAUGGAAUAUUUGACUUGCCAAUAACCCCUGGAGAAGAACUGGAAGUCAUUGAUAUCACUGAAGAAAACCUAGUGGUAUGUCGCAAUUCUAAAGGCAAAUAUGGAUAUGUGCUCAUUGAACAUCUAGAUUUCAAGCAUCAAGGUUGGUCACCUUAGGAAGAUCAAGAUCAAAUGGUAUGGGUCUGCUCAACUGAGAACUAGUCCUAAGGUCUCAGUCCUGCCUCACGUCAG